AUGGCUUUCACCAACGAGCCCAUUGCCAUUGUUGGCAGCGCCUGCCGGUUCCCCGGAGGUUGCAACACACCUUCCAAGCUCUGGGAGAUGUUGAAGCAGAAGAGAGACGUGCUGCAGCGAAUCCCCAAAGACCGCUACAGCACAGAUGCUUUCUACCAUCCAGAGCCAACCCACCAUGGCACCUCCAAUGCACAAUAUUCAUACCUGCUCGACGACCACCCAGCCGAGUUUGAUGCCAACUUCUUCAACAUCCCACCCAAAGAAGCGGAAUGCAUUGAUCCGCAGCAGAGGCUGCUGAUGGAGACCGUCUAUGAUGGUAUCUCCUCCGCCGGUCUACCAAUGGAGAAGAUGCGCGGGUCCGACACCGCCGUCUAUGUCGGUCAGAUGUGCGAUGACUGGAUCAGCAUCAUCCAGAGCCAGGCCGAUGAAGUCCCUCCAUACACCGCCACCGGUUCGUCCAGAAGUAUCAUGGCCAACCGGGUCUCAUACUUUUUUGACUGGCAUGGCCCGUGCAUGAACCUCGAUACGGCAUGCUCGUCCAGCUUGGUGGCGGUCCAUGAGGCCACUCAGACCCUGCGUAAUGGUCACUCCACGGUCGCUGUUGCUGCCGGUGCUAACCUGUUGAUUCAUCCUGCUGGAUAUAUUUCCGAGAGUAACCUCCGGAUGUUGUCCUCAUCCGGUCGAUGUCGUAUGUGGGACUCCUCUGGCGAUGGAUAUGGCCGUGGUGAGGGUAUUGCCUGUGUAGUUCUCAAAACCCUAAGCCAGGCCCAGCGAGACGGUGACCACAUUGAAUGUAUCAUUCGAGAGACCGGUGUCAACCAGGAUGGAAGGACAUCCGGUAUCACCAUGCCCAGCAACAUUGCUCAGGCACAGCUCAUUCGAGAUACCUACCGUCGGGCUGGGCUGGACGUGCACAGUCCACUGGACCAGCCGCAGUUUUUCCACGCCCAUGGCACAGGAACCAAAGCUGGAGACCCUCAAGAGGCAACGGCCAUUUACCGGGCCUUCUUCACCGAGGACACCGAGCCGGAGCAGAAGCUUUUGGUCGGUUCUAUCAAGACGCACAUCGGACAUACCGAGGGUACGGCGGGAAUGGCCAGUGUCAUCGGUACCUCGCUUGCCCUGCAGAAUGCCGCGGUUCCCCCCAACAUGCACUUCAAUGAUCUGAACGAGGCUAUCAUCCCGUUCUACGGCGCGUUCGAGGUUCCCACCUCGCUCAAGGAGUGGCCGGCGUUGAAGCCUGGUCAGGUCCGCCGAGCGAGUGUCAAUAGUUUCGGAUUUGGUGGAACAAAUGCCCACGCCAUUAUGGAGGCCUACAUUCCGCCAGAGAAAGCGCUGCCGGAGCCCUCUCAAUCAUCGACUUUGUACACGCCCCUGAUCUUUUCAGCCAGCUCCGUGACAUCUCUCCGGGCGAUGAUCGCCAAUCAGCUCGACUAUCUCGCCGAAAACCCCGAAACAAGCAUUCGAGAUCUAGCAUGGACACUGCAACAUCACCGAUCAACGUUGGCUUACAGGAAGGCCAUUACCGGCUCUAAUUACGACACCAUUAUCGAGAGAAUGGAGGCUGUUGUAUCUGCAGAUGAUUCCGAGUUCAACAGUCGAUCCACGCAAGCCUCUGAGCCUCGAAUCCUGGCUGUUUUUACAGGCCAGGGUGCUCAGUGGCCGCGGAUGGGUGCCCGCCUGCUCGAAUCGUCCAGCUUUGUGCGCAGUAGAGUCGCUUUCUUAGACGAGUGCUUGGCUACUCUCCCUGAAGCCGAAAGACCGGAUUGGACGCUUCGCGACCAGAUCCUGGCCGCCGGGGAAUCGUCUAGGGUCACCGAAGCGGCUAUCUCUCAACCUCUUUGCACUGCUGUCCAAGUCGUGCUUGUUGAUCUCCUUCAUGCAGCGGGUAUUAAACUCCACUCUGUCGUGGGACACUCCUCAGGUGAAAUUGGCGCGGCAUAUGCAUCUGGCCUACUAUCUCCUCGCGAUGCCAUCCGGGUGGCAUAUCUCCGUGGUGUCUAUGCUAAGCUCGCAGCCUCCCCGAACGGGGCUAAGGGUAGUAUGGCCGCCAUUGGUGCAUCAGCAGAAGAAGCGCAGGAGCUCUGUAAUCACGAGGACAUCAAGGGCCGGAUCUCCAUCGCUGCUCUGAACUCGGGAUCCAGCGUUACGCUGUCCGGAGAUGAGGAUGCCAUUCAAAAGGCGGUGGAUUUUUAUGCUGGCCAAGGCAAAUUUGCCCGUCGCCUGCGUGUGGAUACAGCCUAUCACUCUGCUCACAUGCAGCCUUGCGCUGAUCCUUAUCUUGAGGCUAUGGAGCGCUGCGGUAUUGCUGUGCAACAGCCCUCUGGCGACAGACCGACUUGGUUCUCUAGUGUUUAUCGUGAUACUGUCAUGGGUGCUAGCAACCUUACCCCUGAGUACUGGGUUCACAACAUGGUGCAGACUGUUCUUUUCUCGCCAGCUGUCAUCACUGCUGCCAAAAAAGCAGAGUCAUUCGAUAUCGGCAUUGAAGUAGGCCCUCACCCCGCGCUGAAGGGGCCUGCCUUGGAUUCCAUGGGCGAGCUCGACAUGCAGAUACCGUAUACUGGACUGCUGGCUCGUGGAAAGAAUGAUGUGGAUGAGCUUUCGAUCGCUAUGGGGUUCCUCUGGACCCAGCUUGGCUCGGGUGUAGUCAACUUUGACGGACUGGAGCGUGCCUUGAACGAAGAUGAGAAGCCCAAAACCCUCCUUGUGGACCUCCCCACCUACCCAUUUGAUCAUCAAAAGCGUUACUGGACGGAGAGUCGCACAUGGAGAUCUAUCAGAUCUUCAGAUGCACGUCCCCAUCCAUUAUUGGGAUCGGCUGUCGCGACCACGACGAACUCGAAUAACGCGCAGUGGAAGAAUAUCCUCAAGCCAGCAGAGAUCCCGUGGAUACAGGGCCAUCGACUGCAGGGCCAGCUUAUCCUGCCAGCGACUGCAUACAUCGUUAUGGCUUUGGAAGCAAUCAAGGCAGUAGCUGGAGAUGCUGCCAUGGCGCUGUUCCGAAUGACAGACUUAGUGUUGAAACGCGCUAUUGUAUUCAAUGAUGACAACGCCAGCAUUGAAUCCGUUUUUAGCUUGCAUAUUCUCGAGUCCAGCGAGUCUCGCAUCAUCGCCAACUUUGCCGUUCACUCUGGGUCCCAGGGAGAUUUGUCCUUGAGGGUCAACGUUGAAGGCCGGAUCGAAGUAGAACUGGGCCAGUCAUUCCCUGAGCGACUACCAUUGAUCGAGCAUGAUAAGUACUACAACGUGAAUGCGCAAGACCCUGGGAUGUUCUACACCGAACUCCAAAAGAUUGGCUAUCAAUACUCGCCGCCUUUCCAGGGAAUCACCAGUAUCAACCGACGUCUGAACUUUGCUCAUGGCACUUUGAUCGAUCAGUCAGGCGAGACCUGGGAGGACAAGCUGAUAUUACAUCCGGGUAUGCUAGACACAGCCUUGCAGACCAUCUUCGCUGCAUACGCCGCCCCUAAAGAUGGACGACUUUGGUCGACGCAUGUGCCCACCAGGAUUGCCUCGAUCGAAUUCAACCCCCAUUUUAUCUUCAACCAGACUUCCAAGCCGGAAAACAUUCCAUGGGAGAGUAGCAUGUUUGAUGAGGUGUCCAGCGGAAUUGAGGGCUCUUUCCAUCUUCUUACUGAGGACCGGAAGCAUACGUUCUUGCAAGCCGAGGGCGUUGCUGUGUCACCUUUCAGCCCUGCGCAACCACAGGAUGACCUCCAUCUUCUGAGUCAUUUUAGAUGGCUUCCAGCUAGCCCCAACGGCGCAGAUUUGGAGCAUGGCAAGGCUGCUGGUGCUUUGAAUACAUCGGUGACCCAAGAUGUGGAACGGAUUGCUUUAUACUAUCUGCGCCAAUUGGGUAACAUGAAUGCCGAGGACCGAAGCAAUGCGCUGCCGCAUCAUAAGCAGCUACUAAGGUGGGCAGACUCCGUUAUUGACCAAGUAUCAGCAGGUACGCAUCCUUCCGUGGCCAAAGAAUGGCUAUCCGACACGGAACAACAGGUCAAAAAACUGGCAAGCAGGCACCAAGACUCCGUGGAAGCAAGAUUGGUGGAGGAAAUUGGCUCAAAGCUUUCGCUUGUCAUCCGGGAACAGGGCGUUCUGACCGACUACAUCGACGUAAAUGAGGAAGCGCCUACAAUCAAACUGGCAAAUGAGCGUCUGGCCAGUUUGGUUAAGCAGAUCACCCACCGCUACGCGCGCAUGCAGAUUCUUGAGAUUGGAGCUGGAACCGGUGAUGUGACCAAUGCCGUCGUUCCGUCGUUGGGAACCGCAUUCUCCUCUUAUACCUUCACUGAUGUCUCCGAUGACCUAUUCAAUGAGGCUGAGUUCCGCUUCCAACAGUACGAGGAUCGCAUGGUCUUCAAGACAUUGGACAUUCAACAGGAACCUACUGGUCAGGGCUUUGUCGCCGGCAAAUACGAUUUGGUUCUGGUAGCCAACAAGCUCCAGACGGCCGAUAAUCAAGAACAGGUUCUGUCUAAUGUUCGUCAGCUGUUGAAGCCCGGUGGAUACCUCAUCAGUGCCAAUCCGGCAACCGAUAACCUGCUGCGUCUCGGCCUUAUCAUGAGCGAUUGUCCGGAAUGGUGGACUGGUGCCGACUCGGGUAGAUUGACCUUGGACAACUGGGGGAGCCUUCUGCGGGAAUGCAAGUUUUCUGGCAUCGAUACAUCCACUCCGGUCAACGAUGCGCUCCACGACAUUCCCGUAUGGGCUGCCCAAGCGGUGGAUGAACGCGUGGAGCUGUUGCGGAACCCACUGGCUGCAUCAGAAGAGUUCCCGGAGGAGAUGCCUCCUUUGGUCGUUAUCGGAGGAAAGUCACUGGCUAGCUUCCAGCUGGUGGACGAGGUUGCUGCCAUCCUGUCGACCAAGUUCCCUGAUGUGACUCGCCUUCCCUCGGUUGAGGCCUUGAAUACCACUCCAAUCCCACCUGAAGCUACCGUGCUGAGUCUCACCGAGCUAGAUGGGCCAAUAAUGAAGUCGUGGACUGCUGACAAGCUUGAGUGCAUGAAGGCGCUCUGGAAUCAAGCAGGCAAAGUCCUGUGGGUGACAAAGGGGGCUCGAUCCGAUGAACCGUACUCCAAUAUGAUGUCUGGUAUCUCCCGAGUCGUGAAAGCAGAAAAGCUCGAGCUCAACGUACAGGUGCUGGACAUCGAAGCUGUUGAUAAGAACACCGCGUACACGGUGUGUGAAACGUUGCUGAGACACCACUUCCUUCUCGCCUGGUCGCCAGACAACUCAACCGAGAAGCUUUUGUGGACUUAUGAAGAUGAAAUGGCCGUCAGGGGCCAACAGAAAGUUAUCUCCCGUAUUUAUUCCAGUGAGCUAGAGAAUUUGCGGGCCAACUCUGCCCGUCGGUCCAUUGUGCACGAGGUCAACCCAUCAACUGCUGCUAUACGGCUGGCUGUCUCGGGCGAAUCCUUCGAGCUGGAAGAGAUCUCGUCCUUGAGCGUUGCCCCUGAGCUACCAACUAUCCGGGUGCGUCAAUCCGUGCUGCAGUUCCUCAAGCUGGACUCGGCUGGGUCUUUCAUGCUCUGCAUUGGCACCAAACAGGAUGGUUCCGAGGCCACCGUUCUGGCUGUGACCCAGACUGCUGAAUCCCUCGCCCCCAUUCAGCCCGAGUGGGCAAUUGAAAUCCCCUCAUCGAUCGAGUUUGGCCGUUUGGCUCUGAUGACCAUGGCCGCUCGCAUCGUCACCCAGCAGAUCCUGGCGGUGGUCCCUCCCAAGGGCUCCCUGGUGGUGCACGAGCCGGAUCAUGUGCUCCGGACUGCCCUGGCCGAUGCUGCCGAAAAGAGCCGCGUCGAUGUGUGUUUUACCACGUGCCAGUCUGGCCGUGGCGAGGACUGGACUUAUCUGCAUCGUGCGCUUCCCGCCCGCCUGGUUAAGGAGAAGAUCCCCAGUGAGCCCUCUGUUUUCAUCAACCUCGAGGCUUCGAAUGGACCGGGUGCCCGCAUCGCCGAGGCCAUUGCCAGCUGUGUGCCUCCGUAUGGCGUGAAGGCUGACGCAGCCACCUUCUUUACCAACAAGUUGUACGCCCGCGCGGGAGUAGAGCCUGAUGUCCUCGGCAACCUUCUUCAGGAUGCUUGGAAGUGUGCAUCCUCGGCCAGUUUGGCUCUCCAACCGACAAAUUCCAUUCCAUUGGGCGAAGUCUCGUCUCACAACCCGGUAGGAGAAGCUGUGCAACUGGUGGACUGGGAUAUCUCCGUGGUACCAGUUCAUCUCAGGCAAAUCGAUAAUGACCAGAUUUUCCGUCGUGAUCGAACAUAUCUGAUGAUUGGUCUUGCCGGAGAGGUUGGCCAGUCUCUCUGCCACUGGAUGGCCCGAAAGGGUGCCGGUUUCAUUGUCCUGGCUAGUCGUAACCCCAAGAUUGAUCCCGCUUUCAUUCGCGCCGUCGACGAUGUCGGUGCAACUGUUCGACCGCUCUCAUUGGACAUCACCAGUCGAGAUUCUCUUCAACGCUUCCUCCGCGAGAUAAAGCGCAGCAUGCCUCCCAUUGCCGGUGUGGCCAACGGUGCCAUGAUCAUGGAGGACGUGCAGUUUGACAAUUUGGAGUUUGAGGCCAUGACACGAUCCAUGAAACCCAAAGUGCUGGGAAGCAAGCUGUUGGAUGAGGCCUUCUAUGAUACUUCUCUGGAUUUCUUCAUCAUGUUCUCCUCCAUAUCGGCCGCAUUCGGUAACACCGGACAGAGCAGCUACGCCGCAGCCAACAUGUACAUGGCUGGCCUAGCCUUCCAGAGGCGUAAGCGCGGGGUGGUUGGCUCCGUUGUUGACUAUAGUGCCCUGAUGGGCCUGGGCUAUAUCAAUCGCUCCGAAGACAUCACGGCCGAAUAUUUCUUGUCGAUCGGUGUGACGCUAAACUCGGAAACAGACUUCCACUAUUGCUUUGCCGAGGCUAUCAAGGAGGGCCAGGCAGCGUGUCACGAUCGCGCAGAAGUAAUCACUGGAAUCAGUCCAUUGGUUCUGAGUGAUAUUACUCGAGACCGUUUCCGGCGUGAUAUUCGUUUCUCUCACGUCAAUUUGGAGCGCUCAAGCAGUCAAGCGGACUCGGGCUCCGGGGCCAAUGCAUCUGUUCGAAAUCAGCUGCAAGGAGCCGGGUCAGUAGAGCAGGUCGAGAAGAUAAUUCUUGAUGCCUUCAUCGCACGACUGAAACAACUCCUUCAAAUGUCUGCAGAACAGCCACUGGAUCCCAACAGCACUCUGGUCGAGCAAGGCAUUGAUUCCUUGGUUGCCAUCGACAUUCGCGGAUGGUUUGGUCGUGAGCUGGAGCUGGACAUGCCAGUCAUCAAAAUUCUCGGUGGCUCUUCCAUUGCUGAUCUAAUCAAGGAUAGUAUCCAGGACCUCCCGGAGACUGUCUUUGACCUUGAAAGCCUGUCUAGCAAUGGCCCAGCUGAGUCUGGGAAACUACCUGCCGCUGUCCCCGAGAAAAAGCCUGCUACGCCAGCCAAACCAGAGGUCCAACCUGUGAUCCCUAUCUCAGACAGCAGGGAAUCUUCUUCUUCCUCUUCCAGCUCAGACAGUGAGAGCACGAAGACGCCGUCGGACGACGGAUCCAGCGACACCGAACCUGAUGAGGUGACCACAUAUGAGCCUUUGAUCGAUGUGAAUCUGCGCCAAUCCAUCAUAGCAUCAGCCACCGAGACAACAGUACCCAUGUCCUUCGGUCAAGCCAGAUUCUGGGUCAUGCAACACGCGUUGCAAGAUCCUUCUGCCUUUAACAUGGGUCUCUGCUGGCGCAUUGACGGUUCAUUGAAUCUAGACAAGUUCAGAAAGGCCGUCUCAACUGUUGCUGACCGACAUGAAGGCAUGCGCACUCGCUUUUUCUGGGGUGGCGAGCACCAAGAUGUGCCCAUGCAAGGAAUCCUCUCGCAGUCGAUCAUCCAGGUUGAAGCCAAGAAGGUCGCCAACAAGGGAGAGGUGUAUCGCGAGUUGGAUGCUGUGCGACACUAUGUGUAUGAUCUCAACGACUGGCAGCUCGUGAGAAUACGGGUUCUCUCCUUGUCACCCACAGAGCACUAUACGAUCAUUGGAAACCAUCACAUCACAAUGGAUGGCUUGAGUGUUAGGAUCCUGAUUGAUGAGAUCAAUAAGGUCUAUCUAGGAGAGAGUCUUCCCCGACUUCCCAGGGAGUCACAAUACUCUCACUUUGCGCAGAAGCAGCGCCAGGACUACAGCAAAGGGCGCUUCCAGAAGCAUAUUGACUAUUACAGAACGAUCAUUCCAGACAACGAGCCACCGCUCGAGCUGUUCCCUUUCGCCAAGGUUCAGGCCAGAACCGAGCAGACCCAGUACCGGACUUAUCGAGCCGAUGUGCGUCUCCAGCCCAAGCAAGUUUCCCUGCUCAAGCAGGUCUCGCAAAAGAGCAAAUCGACCAGUUCCAACCUCUAUACUGCCCUCUUGGGUGUGCUUCUGUUCCGCUUGUUGCCCGACACAAAGCGAGUGAUGAUCGGACUUGUCGAUGCCAACCGCAGCGACCUUGCUCUGAGGCAAACCAUAGGCUGUUUGUUGAACACAUUACCCAUCCGGAUGGACCGGCCGGACAGCAGCACCAAGCUGGAUUCGUUGAUCCAGACGGUGCGCGAUACAGCCUACGGUGCUCUUGAACACUCGGCCGUUCCGUUUGAUGUCCUUCUCAACGAACUGAAGCUAGAUCGCUCUGCGAACGCACCACCUGUUUUUCAGGUGCUGAUGGACUACCGCAUUGGAAGCAAUGAGCGGGGUGCAUUUUUCAACGGGACAGGUUCCCGUGAGAAAUUCCACAACGCUGGAACUGGAUUCGACCUUCACUUAGACGUUGUCGAGAAUUACGAGGGUGAUGCCUUGGUCAGCUUGGAGGUGCAACAAAGUCUAUAUAGCCAGGAGCACGCAGAACUUCUCGUCAAUACUUAUGCGAACCUUCUUAAGCAGUUCACCACAGCCCCAGAGACCCCACUGGAGGCCGCUGAAUUGUGGGCACCAGAAGACAUCUCUAGGAGUAUACGACUCGCUACAGGCCCUGCGGCACCUAUGCAAUGGCCUCAGACUGUUGCCCACCGUAUUGACCAAAUGAUUCAACAAACUGGAAAGAAGACCGCCCUCAAGGAUGGCAGUGGCAAGAGCUUGACCUACAAGGAGAUGGGUCGCCGUAUUGACUCGAUCACCGAGGCCUUGCGCAAGGCGGGCGUUCCCAAGGGCGCUGUGGUUGGUGUGAUGCAAGAGCCCAGCGCUGACUGGAUCUGCUCGAUGCUGGCCAUCUUCCGUACUGGUGCUGUCUAUUUGCCACUCGACCUGCGCAACUCUAUCCACCGGACGAAGAGUGCUAUUCAAACCACCAAGCCAGUGGUCCUGCUCGUUGAUCACUCCACAGCCGGCGCCACUGACUCUCUUGAUGAUUUUAAUGAUAAGGUGAUCAACGUCUCUUCGGUGGCCACUGGCAUUAAUCCCAAACGUACGCCGAAUCUGGCCGUUGGGGACUCGUCCGCGGUAAUCCUUUUCACCAGUGGUUCCACCUCUGAGCCCAAGGGUAUUCUCAUCAACCAUGCAAACAUGAUCUCCCAGCUCGAGGCCUGUUCAAUGCAGUAUAACUUCUCCGACGCGAGGCCACUGGUCGCUCUCCAGCAAUCGGCCUAUUCCUUCGAUCUGUCGCUCAUCCAAACUUUCGACGCUCUGUGCAAUGGAGGAAGCCUCUUCGUGCUUCCUGCAGACAAGCGUGGAGAUCCCACUGAGAUCGCCAAAACAAUUCGGGAGGAGAAGAUCAGCUACACCAUGGCGACCCCAUCCGAGUACCAGAUGUGGCUCAGCUCCGCAGCAGAGCCACUUCAACAGUGCCCCAAUUGGACCCUUGCCGCUAUGGCAGGUGAGGGUGUCCCCCCGCGUCUCUUGCAAGAAUUCCUUGCCCUUGACUUGCAGUCUCUUCAGCUUCUCAACACCUACGGUCCAGCUGAAACAUCGCUUGGAUCUACCUGGCAGGGUCUGAUCGAGUAUCGCAAGCCUGACCUUGAGCUCCCUCUAGCUGCAGGAUAUGCUUCACCGAACGAGGCGAUGUAUAUUGUUGAUAAUGAACUUCAGCCUGUUCCGGUUGGUGUCCCUGGUGAAGUCCUGAUUGGUGGUGCUGGUGUCGCCCCUGGCUAUCUCAACAUGGACGCUGCGACGAAGGAAAAGUUCCUCCCAUCGCCAUUUUCCCAUCUGGAUAGCAACUUCACUGAGAACAAAUGGACUACCGUCUACCGCACUGGCGACUGUGGCUACCUGCGAAGCGAUGGCGCCCUCGUCCUAGUUGGCCGUAUGAAUGGCGACACUCAGGUCAAGAUUCGCGGCUUCCGAGUUGAGCUAGGAGAAAUUGAAAACGCCUUGCUCGAUACUGCUGGGGGUUCGUUGACCGCCGCCGUCGUGACCUUGAGAGAACAGGACGACGUCCAGUACCUGGCCGCCCACGUUGUGCUCUCUAACCAGAACUCACCUGCCAAUCCCCAAGAAUUCCUAAACAAUCUCCGGACGCGUCUGCCCGUGCCAGACUACAUGAUCCCUUCAGUCAUCGUGGCCCUUGAGAAACUACCAUUGAACGCUCACUCAAAGGCUGACCGAUCUGCAAUCCGCCAGCUGCCUAUCGACUUCCUCGCUGAAUCCAACUUCACGCCUUCAACUGACCGAGAAAUGACCCCAACUGAGACCUCUCUUGCAGAGGUUUGGCAACAGGUUCUUCCUGCCUCUGGCUCGCUGACACUUACCUCUGAGUCCAACUUCUUUCAAGUCGGUGGUACCUCUCUGCUAAUCGUGAAACUGCAAAAGGCGAUCAAGGAGAAUUACAAGGUCGCACUCCGAGUGAACGAACUCGUGACCGCAAAGAAGCUUGCUGAUAUGGCCCUAUUGAUCGAGAACAGAGAGGCUCCUACUCAGAUCGACUGGGAAGCCGAGACUGCUGUGCCCGAGCUCUGGGCCAACGAGUUUAGUGUGCCCGAUCUUAACCCACCCGCUGAGCAGGAUGGUCUACGGAUUCUGGUGACCGGUGCCACCGGGUUCAUUGGCCGACACACUCUUCCCAAUCUGAUUGAGUCACCCAAGGUGUCUCAGAUAUUCUGCCUUGUCCGUGCCGGAACUAACACGGAUGCUCUCAAAUCGUCAGACAAGGUGUCUAUUCUCACUGGUGAUCUCACCGCAGCCAAUCUCGGUCUGGACAGCGCCGAGUUCAAUCGUUUGACUGCAGAGACUGAUCUCAUCCUGCACUUCGGCGCCGUUCGCUCCUUCUGGGAUGACUAUGGCGCUCUGCGCAGUGCCAAUAUCAGUGCGGUGAAGGAUCUGGCUCGUCUUGCCCUUCCUCGUCGCAUUCCUUUCCACAUGAUGUCUUCCGGCGCCGCCGGAAUCUUCAACGACUCUACCGUCCGGGCUCUCUAUGAAACCGAUGCUACUCUCCCAGCUAGUGGCGCGCCGCCUCAGGAUGGCAGUGAUGGCUAUGUAGCCUCCAAAUGGGCAGCCGAGCGCUUUUUGACCAAUGUGUCCGAGCAGCUGCAACUGCCGGUUGUCUUGCACCGGUUUGGACCUGUGCCUGGUAUGGGACCUAAUACCGACAACGCAGAGCUGGAAUCCGACGAGAUGAUGAAUGAGAGUCUGGUCCUCUGUAACCGGUUGCAAGUCCGUCCCGCCGUUCACCUCCUGAAUGGCUGGCUGGAUCUCGUCCCAGCCAACCUUGUUGCCCGCGACAUCACCGCAGCCGUCUUUGACAAAACGAACGAUUCGAAGCUUAUCAAGCUAUCCCAUGCUGCAUCCACGCGCACUACCUGGUCCAGAUUCAGACAGGAGGUUGAGCAAAAUGCCGAAUUGAAGAGUCUCCCAGAAAUGUCGGCAUUGGCGUGGAUUGGCGAAGCCAAGAAGGUUGGAAUGAGCCAUGCCAUGACUUCUCAUCAUCUGGUUAUCCAGACUGAGACUGGCGAUCUGUUUACCAGACGGUGA